AUGCCCUGCAUUGACAAGGGCAAAUUUGUGGAAUGCCAGCGUUUCGUCCAAUCGCUCCGCGCGGCUGGGGAUUCCGGCGACGCCGCGGUGGGCAGGAAGAUCCACGCACAGAUCAUCGCCAGUGGCUAUGGCGCCGAUCGAUUCGUGGCCAAUGCGGUGGUCCAGAUGUAUGGCCGCCUCGGGCUCGCCGAGGAAUCGCGCCGGGCAUUCCACGCGAUCCAGCACAAGAACGAGUUCUCCUGGGGCAUCGCCAUCGCGGCGUCCGCCGCCAGCGGCCGGAUCGACGAGGUGGAGCUCCUCUUCACCAGGACCCCGCAGCGCAGCGCCGUCCACUGGACGACGAUGAUCGUCGCCUACGCGCGCAAUGGCGAUCUGGAGAGGGCCAAAUCCCUGUUCGAAUCCAUCGUCGACGGGGAUGUGGUGCUCUCUAACGCGAUGGUCGCGAUAUAUGCCAGGAAUGGGUACCUCGAUCGCUCCAGGGCGAUGUUCCUGGCGAUGGAGCAGCGGGAUCUUGCGUCCUGGAACACAAUGGUGACAACACUUGCCCAAAAGGGGCAUUUGGAUAUUGCGAACACGUUCUUCGAGAGAAUGCCCGCGAGGAGCCGAUUGUCGUGGAAUUCCAUGGUCGCGACCACUGCCGAGAGUGGAGAUCUCUUUCACGCCAAGGAAUUGUUUGAUACGAUGCCGGAGAGAGAUCUCAACGGGCAUCUGGAAGAUGCUCGGCGGUGCUUCGAAUCGAUGCCCGUGAAGGAUGUAGUGGCGUGGAACAUCCUGUGCCGGAGCUACGUCGCGCACGGCGAGAUCGACCAGGCGAAGCUCGAGUUUGAUCGGAUCCCAGAGAAGAACCUCGUCUCCUGGAACGCGAUGAUCCACGCCUACACACAGAGCCGGCGGCUGGAUCGCGCUAAGGCAGCGCUGGAUCGAAUGCCCUGGUGUAACGUGAUCUCCUGGACGACCAUGAUGGUGGCCUACUCGCAGAACUUCCAGCUCGCCGAGGCGGAGGCGAUGUUCUUCUCGAUGCCCGAGCGGAGCCUCAUCUCUUGGAACGCGAUGUUCGUCGCGUACGCACAGCACGGGCAUCUCGCAAAGGCGAAGGCUAUCUUCGACGCCACCCCGGAGAAGACCGACAUCGUCUCCUGGAACGCGCUCAUCGUCAUGUAUGCCGCGAACGGCCACGGCCCCGAGGCCGAGGAGUUCUUCCGGGAGCUCAACUUGGAGGGCGUCACCCCGGACGACAUCACCUUCACGGGGAUCUUGGUGGCGGCGACGCACACCGGAUCGGUGAGGCGGGGCGUGGAGAAGUUCCAGAUGAUGGUGGCGGACUUUGGGAUCUGGCCGAGCUGCGAGCACUUUGGAGUGAUGCUCGACACGCUGGGGCGGUCCGGUGAGGUGGCCGGGGCCGAGGAGCUGCUGCGCGGGAUGCCGUUCGAGCCCGACCUGGUGGCGUGCAAGUCCGUGCUGGGGGCGUGUGCGGUGUACAGGGACGUGGAGUGCGCCGAGAGGGUGGGCGAGGCCGCCAUGGCGCUCUUCCCAGAAGACUCGGCCACGUACGUGGUGCUGUCCAAUGUGUUUGCUGCCGCGGGGUUGCCGAUUGAUCGCGGGGUUGCCAAGGUUUUGGGAGGACUGGAGAUGGAAGACGAUGAUUCGGCUUGUGUUUAUCAAGGGCGCCGGUUUGCUUCUGGUAAGCUGGACAGUAUUCUUCAAAAGAUGAUUGACGUUCCUUGA